CUCCUAGAAUUUUCAAGGCCUCUUCACUCCCUUCGUUUCCCUGUCUGACGUCACCACACCUAGCCCGACGAACUGGUGGGCAAGGUGAGGACCGGUUGGGGAAUGCAGAGUCAGUCACUCCUUUCGUUAGGGCGAGCCUGUUAGAACUUGUUUGGCCCUGCCACAGCGAGGUGCUACGCUGCACAAGAAUUUGGAAAUAGUGCUGGUGGACGUGCUUUGGAGAUUUGUGCAAGUCUUGACCCUAUCUGUGUUAUUUGGAGUGCAAGCAGUGAAGUUUCGUGACGUGAAAUUACCAGGAAGUUCGCAGGAUGGGCCGCUGCUGCGUGCCGAACUGUCGUGGAAAUUAUGACGGUGGACCGAAGGUCCGCUUGUUCUCCUUCUCUAAAGACCACCGCAGGGUAAAAUGGAAACGCGCUAUUCGUCGGGACGACGUCGACAUCGAUACUCUGCGUGAUCCGAAGGUCUGCGAACUUCAUUUCAAAGCAGAGUAUUUGAGGACUACCACUACUUACACGGAUAGCAACGGAAGGACUAUAGAAGUUCCGAUGAGCCUCACACGACUAACCGAAGAUGCAGUGCCGACGAUGUUUCCUAACAGCCCCGCUUACCUAUCCGACUGUGCUCCGGUUCGCGAGGAGCCUGACUCAAAACGGAAGCGCCGUGAGGCAGACCAGCUACAAAAGGUCAUUCAGAUGUCGCUUUCUUCGCACGAAGAGGAUGAACGCAAAAAUAGGGUGGCAUCUUUCGAGCAGCUCGUGUCACAACUCUCAGAACUUAAGUUGUCCGACUAUUGGAUAGUGAGCAACACGGAAGCUGCUAUUAUGUUUUUACAUAUUCAGAGCAACACACUACCUCCAGAGGUUGAACGUUCUGUGGUCGUUUCCGACGCGUUGCACAUUUCUGCCUACUGGAAAAAGAUGAAGCUGUGCAUUGCUGAUGUUGCCAUUCCAGAAAAACUGGAGGACAUUCGGAGCUUGCAGACUAUUCUUGAAAGUGUGGAGCAUUUCAAUGCUCCAGACGUCUGUGAAAAAGAAGAAAAGUUGAAAGCCUGCUUCCACAUUAUUUUUUCUCUUCUUGAUGACCUGUCUAAUGGUGACCUCCUGCCAGAAGAGAAAUUAGAAGCACUCGAGUUUCUGAAGGAACAGUUGCGCCUUCUACUUAAAGAGCGAGGAGCUGUGAGAUAUUCUUCAGAUCUUCUUAUACUAGCAAGCAUUUUUCACACGAUCUCUCCUCACGCAUACAAAUUUGUUCGCAACACUGGGAAAUUAAUGUUACCUCAUCCUUCCACAAUAUUAAGGCUGUGCAGCAAGUACAAUGUAAGUCCUGCAAACGAACAAAGCGAUGAAGGCUUUUUGCAGUACAUUACAAAAAAGGUGAGCCUUCUAAAGCCGCAUGAAAGAGUCGUAACGCUCAUGUUAGAUCAAAUCCACAUCCAGCAAUAUUUUGAGUAUAAGGGGGGCUCAUUGACAGGGACGGCAUCAAAUUCCUCUGAAGCAGCAAAAACAGCACACGUGUUCAUGACAAAUUCGUUGCUUUCUGCGCACAAAGAUGUGGUACACAUCCUCCCUGUUUUCAGCAUUGAAGCCAGCCAUUUGCACAACAUCUUGAAAAAAGUAAUUUUGGGUCUUGAAAAAGCAGGACUUACAGUAAUUGCCGUUAUCACUGAUAACAACGCUGUGAACCGAAAAGUCAUGUCGUUUUUUUGAAAAAACAAAACAAUAGACAUUGUGUACCCACAUCCAGCAGACAAUUCAAGGCCGCUAUUUUUUGUUGUCGAUACCGUGCAUUUAUUAAAGUGCAUCCGUAACAACUGGUUGAACCAGAAAAAUGAAGGCUGUUCAAUUUUUUAUCCGGAAUUUUCCAGUACGACAUCGCAGGUGCAAGUGAAGAAAGCAACAUUUGAGACACUUCGUGAACUGUACGCUUCCGAGCAGCACAAUCUCUCGAAGCUUGGAUACGGACUUACCUACAAGGCUUUGAACCCCUCCAACCUCGAAAGACAAAACGUGAAACUAGCACUGAAAGUGAUCAGUCCAUUCAUUGCAGAAGCACUGAAAACUUAUGGUGCAAAGCUUGGUUUGAGUUCUGCCCGAGAAACUGCCGAAUUUAUUGAAUUAGUACACAAGUGGUGGUGCGUUGUGAACACUAAAACACCAUCGAAAGGCAAGCGCCUAAGAAAUCCUCUUCAAGCACCCGUAAGAAGUAUGGAGGACAUGCAGCUGCAGUUUCUUAAUACAUUUGUGGACUGGCUUGACACUUGGGAAAACUUGAAGGUUGGCACUGGCCGUGCAGGACUGUUAACCACGGAGACGCACUCGGCACUACGUCUCACAUCGUACUCCUUGAUUGAAGUCAGCCGGUAUUGCCUGGAGGAGCUACGUUUUGAAUAUGUCUUGCUUGGAAAGUUUCAGACAGACAGCCUCGAGGAGAGGUUUGGUCGUUAC